AUGUCGUCCACCACCAAAGCAUCAUCCAACGUCUCUUUUGAUGAGCUCUAUGGAGACAACUACGCGACUUGGAGUCGAUACAUGCGCGGUGUUUUUUUGAAGAAGUCCGUCUGGUACGUCGUAAACCGUGAAGCGACUCCGACUUUCACCGACUCGCGAGCGUCUGAUGAGUACAUUAAGGCGAGCAACGUCGCGUUUGGUAUAAUGCUGCUACGCAUAAAUGCGGACUACCACCAUGUGCUUGACAGCUGCGAGGAAGCGUGGGUUGCGUGGACACGUCUGAAGACGCUGUACGGUGGGUCGCAGAAGGCAGGACGAAUCUUCCUCAAGCGACAACUGUUCUGCACCAAGAUGGCUGAAGGCGCGAACGUCAUGCACCCCUUCAACGAGGUCCUCAACAUAUCCUUCAAGCUUAGCGGCAUCAGUGCAAAGAUGGAAGACGAAGACGUUGCGAUCUGUCUGCUGCUCAUUCUUCCAAAGAGCUACAAAAAUGUGGUGCUCAACAUGGAAAUGAGCAGCGCCGAGCUUCGUACCCAGGAUAUGGCUGAAGAUGCAAGCAAGGCAUUCAGCACCGAACGUGAGCCCUGUCAAUGCACGUAUUGUGGCAAGGAGGGACAUACGGUGGAUCGCUGCUGGACAAAGCAGAAGAACGAAGGUCGAGCAGCCCGACGCGGUGGCAAUGGUCGUGGACGCGGGGAUAAUAACGUCCAGUGGGGACAUUAUGAUGAAGGCAAUGGCUACGAUCGAGUGGCGUUUGCAGUCUCGUUCGAAUGUGGAGUUUCGACGAGCAAGGACGUGUUUGGAAUGGGGACCGUCGAUAGUGGUGCAACACACCACAGUUGCCACGACAAGACCAAGUUUGCAAGCUUGGCAGAGUGCAAUGAAGGCUAA